AUGGAGUAUCACACCCAUCAACCGUACAUUAAUGCUAAUUUUGAUUGUAAUGAUGAAAUCCGAAUUGCUAUUCAAGAAUUGGAUACCUUCACUUUACCGUCCCAAAGCUAUCUUUACCUUGAAGGAACAACACUCACUAAAGCUGAUGGUUCUCCAGCUGAAAACUUUAAAUUUGUCAAUACCGCAUUUAGCUUUUUGUUCCAAGAAAUUCGUUAUGAGUUGAAUGGUGUUGUUGUUGAUUCUGUUCGAAACGUCGGACUCACUUCAACAUUGAAAGGUUAUCUUUCUUACAAUCAAAAUGAAAGUACUAAAUUACAAAAUGCUGGUUGGUAUCCCAAAGAAUCGCACUUUUUAGUAACCGAUGUGCAAGGAUUCAAAAUCGAACAUAAUAAAUAUAUUGUUAAAGAACUUGCUGGGUAUGAUGGACAACAAAUAUGUCACUAUGUCUUCAAGCCCCCUUUUGCUCUGGAUCUGCUCCCACCGGACUUACAAGAACAAGUAGGUGGAUCAUCACCCCGAUUUUCUUCCGUUGGUACUUCCGGAGCAGGGUUCCUGGGUCCAUAUCUUCGGAAUCCAUUCCGCCGAACCGGUGUAGUGUCCAUGGGCGUCCUGGAUCCCGUCGGCUGGUGA